UAUCUUUGGCCAUUUGCACAGGUUCACAGUUUAUCCAUCAACAUGAGACUGAGAGAAGCUGACAAAGAAUUCGCCAAGUGGAUACUCGAAGUAGGUAACGGAACUGCGGCUACUGUUGAAACAGAGGGACGAAGCCCAGAAGAGGAUGAGCAGGUUAUAAUAAGUGAUGAAUUCAUGAUUCCCAGGUCGGAUCAGCCUCAUCAGUCUAUAUCAGAUGCUGCCUACCCCAACUUUGUUAACAACUACUUAAACCGUACUUACUUAACAGAGAGAGCAAUCCUAGCCCCAACUAACGCCAGUGCCCAAGAGAUUAACUCUUACCUGCUGUCUAAGGUACCUUCUUCAGAGAAAGAAUAUUUAAGCUCAGACAGUGUUGCUUUCGAGAGCACACCACAAGAAGAUGACUGGACAAAUAACUACACUCAAGAGGACUUAAACUCACUUAAGUUUUCAGGAUUGCCAGCACAUAAACUCAGUCUUAAGAUUGGAGCUCCGGUGAUGAUGUUGCGCAAUAUAAACCAGCGUAAUGGGCUCUGCAAUGGAACAAGAAUGAUGAUUUCACGUAUGGGACACAGAGUACUUGAGGCCGAGAUAUUAACAGGAACUCAUGUAGGAGAUAGAGUCUUGAUCCCAAGGAUUCAAUUGUCCCCAACCGACACUAUGCAUCCGUUCACUUUCCGUAGAAGGCAAUUCCCAAUAAGAUUGUGUUAUGCGAUGACAAUAAAUAAGAGCCAAGGUCAGAGUUUAAAUCAGGUUGCUCUCUAUCUCCCAAGACCAGUUUUUAGUCACGGCCAGUUGUACGUAGCUCUCUCGCGAGUAACUACUCCAGAGGGCCUCAAGGUACUAGAUGAUACAGAAGGUGGAACAAGGAAAGAUGCUGUCACUAACAUCGUUUAUAGAGAAAUUUUCAGUAACCUUAGAGCAAGUAGGCUUACAUCUCUAUCCUAAUUCGCGUACUCCAACCGACAAUUUCGUAUAUAACAUCUUACCCUUCCUACAUUUGUUACAGGUAACAACUACGGAGAGCAUCCCAGAUCUCAGCAUUGAAAACCAACGCAUUGAAGGUGUUCAAAGAUACAGACACCAUAGAUAUGCAACGUUAGUUGUGUCCGGUUUGUAACUCCAGCAAAGACAGGAACUGACGGUCUUCAUAAGAUGGUGAUCAAAUAUUUAUGCUGCUGUGAUUUCCAAAUUUACAGACGAUUGAUUUAGUUUCAGACUCGAGCUUUCUAAAUACCAGAUGUUUCUAACUUUUUAAGCAACCAGUUUGUCUUUCGACCAAAUGUCUUAAAGUAACAUAUAACUAUUAAAGACAAAUUCCUUUACAUCUCUUACAAACUAAAAUGUAAUUUAAUUCAAGGUUGACUAGACCAAACAAUACUAGAGUUUCGUGAGAUCUAAUACUAUAUAAUAGCGUCCUCACACACGUUUAUAUGAAACCCUCAUAGCUUCCUUCGGUUUCACGUUUCUUUAAGAAGUUUCAAAUUAACAUCCGAAAAGACCUAUAGUUUGUGCCACUUUCAGAUUUUAAAAAAAAAUCACCAUUAAACACUCUUAAAAAAAUUUAUACAGUCACAAAAAUUGAAUCUUUCAUCAUUAACCCCGUGUUCAGCUAAAGGAAUGCAUCAUCAAUCAUACAUAAAUUAAAUACCAAGACUCGGGCAAUCAUAUCAAACUAUCUUCCAAAACACAUCACAAACUUUUAGCAAAAUCUCUAUGCUCAUUCCAUUAUUCAAACGUGGAAAUCUUAGUAAGGUUAAAAAGGCAAGUCGGAAUCCACAAUCUUUCCUUUCCAAAACAUUCAAUACAAUGUAACAGUAUAAAACUAGCAACCACAUAGAAGAAGAAAAAAACAACAUAGCUCUCACAUUUAAACAAAUAUGGCAAAUCCCAACAAUCUCUCUCGCUUAGAAUCACUACCACGAGACUUGGUUGUGGAAAUACUUUAACGCGUUGCCUCUUCGUCCCGCGAAGCUAUCAGAAACUGUCUGACCGUAUCAAAAACGAUCUCAUCAGCUGUUGAAGAUGAUCGUAUCUACAAAAAUAUACAGACAACUCGCGCGUAGCGCGGACACACCCCUAAUAUUUUAGAUUAUACGGUUAAGAUGUAUAGAUCUAUGUUUAAAUUGUAAACUUGGUUUAUUCGAUAUGUUAUACGGUUAAGAUGUAUAAAUAUAUAUUUAAAGAGUAAACCUAGUUUAUUUA